AACGUCCUUGUAUUGACAGUCGCCUGUUACCAUGGCGACUGCAAGGGCCCCAAACAAAACCCAUUCUGUUUAUUACCGAAUAGAAAAGCAACAUACAGUGACAGUCAUUGAAACAUGAAGCUUCUCAAUCUGCAUCGGAAAUCGGUUUACGUUCUGUACCGGAAUCGGCUUUGUUCCUUUUCUACACUGGCGAUCGCAAUCGUCGUUCUUCUGACGGUGAUCCUUCCGUGUUACGUCAUAUGUUUCAUCAACCCGGGAGCACUUUGGGACAGCUACCGGCUUAUCUACGAACAACCAAAGGUGGACUUCACCUAUCGUUAUCUGUUUCUGGCGGAAGUGAAACAUCCGGAUGGCGAAGGUAAUGAAAUCAUCACUUGCAGCUCGUUUGAAGCCUACAACCGGCUGACCGACGAUCGAGAGGAAUGCAGCACCAUAAAGGUAGUAAUCGACGAUAGUAACAUGGAUGGUAAAACGGAUAAGCUCACCGUGUCUGUAAGCUACAGUCUACCGGAAGGAUCGGAAGGAAUCGUAUUUUACACAUUCUAUUUUUUCUUGGAUGCACAACUGAAGACCGGCUGCCAUUUUACUGUACCGGCCAUCAUUUCGCUCAGCAAGAUUUCACCUCCGGUGCGGCCCUUCACAUCCGGAACUAUACAUCACUUGGGUCAUUUGAAAUCUAGCCAAUCUGCCGCUCUGCAGUGUCCCUUUUUUAUGCGCAAUAUUAAAUCACACUUCAAUCAUAACUACAUACCGAAUGGUAACUUCACCUCGGUCGAACAAUUUUUGCCGGAGUUGAUUUUGGAAAAGAUAGAGACAUCCAACGCGGCGCACUUCCUUUUCGAUCAACAACGGAACCACUGGAAGCGAGACGGUUCCGGUGAGGUGACCAUUCAAGUUGAGCUGCUGAUUGGCGGCGAGGACAGCUGUCGCACUGCAAUCCUGUACAAGACAUCACUGUGGCAAAGGGCAGCCCAGUUCUGGGUUCAGUACUGCUCGCUGCUGUUGGUUUUUCUAUGGAUCGGAGAAAAACUCAAAGAUUGGCUCUUUGAAAAUUUCACUCUCCGGGCGAUGGAGGUUGUACCGUGGAAAGAUAAAUACGAUUAGUUUGUUCGGAAAUGUAAUAGCUAUGAAAUAUAAUACCGUGCAGAAGUUUAUAGUGUUUUCGCUUUUCGCGCUGGUGCCCGCUUGUGUAACAACACCUGCUAAACUCGAUUCAGUUUUAUGGCAGUCAAAAAAAAAAUUAUUGCUAGAGGAUUUACUGCAUGUGUUUAAUUUAAGUCUGAAACAGAGCAACGAGAGUACUGUAAAUGGUAUUAGAAGGCAAUUCGCAAUAACCUACUUUAAUAUUACCUUCGUUUAUUCGGUCAUGAUCUAUCAGCUUUUCUAAUUCGAGAUUCAAACUAUACACAAAUCAUCUUCAAAUAUUAGGAACGAGCAAUUGGAAAUUUUCGUUACUUAACGUCGUUUUAAUUCCAUUCUGGUUUAAUUUUUUUUAAGAUAUAAAAAGUUUAAUAAUCUAAUGAUUCUGCACGACAAGGAGGUCCUCUUAGAUACAGCGAAAGUAUUAGAUUUUUACACAUGCAACCGAGUAGGGAGACUGGCUUUAUGUACGAUUGAUGCUAAGAAUCAUUUCUUUCUAGCAGAACUGGCUUGAAUCGCGUUUUAACACUGACUAAUGAGUCUCACUCGGUACAAUCUUAACAAGAUGCAUUAUAUUGCAUUCAUGUUCGAAAGCCGUUCAAUUUUCUAAUAAUAUGAUAUUGAUUUAUGAUUAUGGACUUCCAUAUGGGUUUGAAUGCAUUGGUUAUGAGAACUCAGUUUUCAGGACCAUCAUAAUCCCGAAUCAUAUACAAUUUCCGUUUCAUUUUUUUUUAUUCAAUAAUAUAAUAUAAUUUUCAGGCACACUGCUUAAUCUUCAAGAUGCCAACGGUAUUUUCUAAUCUUAAUUAACAACUAACUUAAAUCUAGAAUAGUUAAUUGCCCGGGUUGGCGGUUCAAUGCAUAGGACGCUGGUCUUUACAAGCCAGUUGACGUAUGUUCGAGCCCCGACCUGGAAGGAUUCUUAGUGUCAGUAAAAUCCAUAGUACUAGCUAUGCAAUGGUUCUGUACACUAAGAAUCAGCUGCGAAGUUUGUUGAAACAGAAAUGCCAAAUUCCACAAAAGGGAUGUAUUACCAAGACUUUGCUUUAAAUCUAGAAUAAUAUCAUUAUGUAAUGUAGUAUCGGGGUCGCGGAAUCUCGAGAAUCCAGCCUUCAGCUGGCGAUCGGUAGUGGCCGGUGAAUUGAAUAUAGCAUGAGAGUCUUCCAGAUGGCGUUGAUAAAUAUUUAUAUUGGCCGCAUUUUCGGUCCGUGUGGGUCCGCGGGAAAGCCGCUUCAUAUACGAGGAAGAUAUAGAAUUAAAUGUGCUUUUAUCUUUAAUAUCAUACUCUCGGUUGGAGAUACUUAAAAUGAUGAUUGAUGAAGAAGAAGGUUUAAUAUCGAUUCAAAUACUAUUGCUGGACGUAGUUGGUUGACUCUCAAUUGUAACUUGAGUGUCUUCUUCCAUGGAUACAAGUGAUUUAAACAAUAUAAAGUUAUACAAUUAUGAUUACGAUAGAUAAAAAGUUUGUCGAUGCUUUCAGCAACAAGCUGUAGUUGCCUUAUUCAGCACUUAAACCAAAGAUAAACUCAACAUUUCAAUGUCCUAUACGAUUCAAUGAAAAAUGUUAGCUCAGUAAUAAUGUACACGGUUAAAACCAUGAUUGAGAAAUUAUGAAAAUCAUUAAACAUGUCUUCUUAUGAGAUCAUGCCUAUU